GCAUAUUCUUUUUGUUAUAUUUAUUUAGUCCCUCCACUCACUCUCUCAGCCCAGCGAAUGGGUCCAACUCCAAGAAAAAUGGAACCGGAACCAGAAACGUCCAGCCACGCCACCACCCCUCUCCUCCGAGCCCCACGGUGGCGCCACCGCCUCGCCGCCCUCCCAUGCGCCACUAGCCUCCGCCUGAAGACCACCGUGUGGCCGGAGCUUGGGGGCUCCGUCGGCGACCUUGGCACCUUCAUUCCCAUCGUGCUGGCCCUGACCCUGGUCUCCCACCUUGACCUGGGCACCACCCUCAUCUUCACCGCCCUCUACAACAUCGCCACCGGCCUCCUCUUCGGCAUCCCCAUGCCCGUCCAGCCCAUGAAGUCCAUCGCUGCCGUUGCCGUCUCCGAAUCCCCCCACCUCACCGUCCCCCAAAUCGCCGCCGCCGGCAUUUCCACCGCGGCUGUCCUCCUCCUCCUCGGCGCCACCGGUCUCAUGUCCUUCUUCUACCGCUUCAUCCCCCUCCCCGUCGUCCGUGGCGUCCAGCUUUCCCAAGGCCUCUCCUUCGCCUUCUCCGCCAUCAAAUACAUCCGCUACAACCAAGAUUUCGCCGCCGGCAAAUCCGGAUCCCCCCGAUCCUGGCUCGGCCUCGACGGCCUAAUUCUGGCCCUUUUCUCACUAUCCUUCCUAAUAUUGUCCACCGGCUCGGGAGACUCAGUCGACAACGAUCAAACCCACAAUCUCGAUCAGUCUCAUUCUCAAUCUCAACGCCGCGUUCGUCAAAGACUGCGGAUUCUGUCGGCCAUUCCGGCGGCUCUCAUCGUGUUCGUCUUUGGGUUAGUUUUGUGCUUUCUUCGUGACCCAUCAAUCUUCAGCGAUCUCCAACUGGGUCCGUCCAAGAUCCACUUGGUCAAACCCUCUUUGGAGGAUUGGAAAAUUGGAUUCUUCAGAGCCGCAAUCCCUCAAAUCCCGUUAUCGGUACUGAACUCCGUGAUAGCCGUCUGCAAACUAUCGGCCGAUCUGUUUCCCGAACGGGAAGUGUCGGCAACAGCGGUUUCGGUGAGCGUAGGGGCCAUGAAUCUGGUCGGGUGCUGGUUCGGGGCAAUGCCAGUGUGCCACGGCGCCGGCGGGCUUGCCGGCCAGUACCGGUUCGGCGGGCGGAGCGGCGCGUCGGUGGCUUUUCUGGGGGCCGGAAAGCUGGUUCUGGGGCUAGCCUUCGGGAACUCGUUCGUGAAGAUAUUGGGCCAGUUUCCGAUAGGGAUUCUGGGGGUGCUCUUGCUGUUUGCCGGGAUUGAAUUGGCCAUGGCUUCCAGAGACAUGAAGACGAAAGAAGAGUCGUUUGUGAUGCUGGUUUGUGCGGCUGUUUCACUGACUGGGUCGAGCGCCGCUUUGGGAUUUGGGUGCGGAAUUGUGCUGUUUUUGCUGCUGAAACUGAGGCAAAUGGAUUGCCAUGGUUACAGCUCCAAGCUCCUCAAAUUCAAGCCCAGAUCCUCUGUUCAGGAUGAAGCGGAUGCCGAGAUUGGCCACUCCCAAUCCUCAAAUUGAGUUGAUGCAAUUCUGAUUGGGUUCUCCAUAGAAUCGGUUGUAUAUAUAUGCAGUUCAAGUUCAAGUUAUAGUUAUUGGCCUAUGAGACUUGAAAAGAAAUUGAUACAAUGUUGUGUAGAAUCUGUAGAUCGCCUUCUUGUUUAUAGGGUAAUGGGGGCUUUAUGGGAAACCAGGGAAAGAAAUGCUCUUAUUCAUAUUACACUUAAAAGAGGGUGCUUUCUAUUCUUAAUAUAUGUUCACUGACGAGCUGUUUAAAUUUUUGUACAACUUAGGAGGUAAGAGAUAAUAAAAUUAACUUCCGACAUUUCAAGCUGCAAAAA